UGGAAUUAAUGGCUCGGGAAAAACUGUGACAGAAGGUCAUCUUUUAUCACAAUUAUUAUUACUUUCAACACAUACAAAAAAAGAAGCAAAAAUUGCUAAUCAAAUUCAAAAUGCAAGAACUAUAUUAGAAGCUUUUGGUAAUACUAGAACAAAACAAAAUAUUAAUUCAUCACGUUAUGGAAAAUAUUUAGAAUUACAAUUUAGUGAAAGAGGUAGAAUUAUUGGUUCAAAAUUUUUAAUUUAUUGUUUUGAUAAAGAAAGAGUUACAAAUAUUCCUUUGGGUGAAAGAUCUUAUCAUAUUUUUUAUUAUUUAUUGGCUGGUGCUAAUUCUGAUGAACGUUCUCUUAUGCAUUUACAAGAUCCUCAAAAUUAUCUUUAUUUAUCUCAAUCAAAAUCUUAUAAAAUUACUGGUAUUAAUGAUAAUUUACAAAUGGAUGAUUUACGUGAUUCUCUUAAAUCUUUAGGUUUUAAAUCAAAAACUAUUAAUCAAAUUUGGCAAAUUUUAAUUGCUAUAUUAUUAUUGGGUAAUAUAGAAUUCCUUGAUCCUGGUAAAUCAAAAGAUGAAGCUGCUACUAUUAAAAAUCGUCAUAUAUUGGAUUUAGUUGCUCAAUAUUUAGGUGUACCAGCUUUUAAAUUAGAACAAACUUUAACUUUUAAGAAUAAAUUAAUUGGUAAAGAAUUUUGUACUAUAUUCUUAGACGCUGAAUCUGCUAUAAAACAAAGGGACUCUUUAGCUCAAGUUUUAUAUUCUAUAUUAUUUACUUGGAUUGUUGAACAUAUUAAUUCAAAACUUAUUCAAUCUGAUGAACCUCCAAAUUUUAUUGGUUUAUUAGAUCAACCUGGUUAUCAAAAUUCUGGAAAAAAUA